AGGCUCGAGCCGUUCCGCUUUAGGCCUGCCAGCGUGCCUGUCUUCGCACAGCCAUGGCAAAAUCUAUCCGGUCCAAGAUAAAGAAGCGACUACGCACUGCGAAGCGCCAGCGCAUCGAUGCGAUGAUCGUGGUGCCCCGCCUCAAAGAGCAUCAUGAGGCCUUGACCAGAGUGGCGCAGGGCCGCACGAUCGAGACGAGGAAGCCAAAGAACGCCUUCAAAUACCCCAAGGCGCCCGACGCAGUCUUCCCGCAGCAUGAGAUCAUGAAGCCGAUCGACUUUCGGGCUCAGAAUCUGCCGAUGGCGGGGUACGCCUUCCGCGGUAACCGGCGCAAGUACGACGCGGACCAGGCGGAGUUCAUGACGCAGGUGGCGACCGCCAUGCACCCGAAGAUGGAGAGGCUGGCCGGCGGAGGCGCGGUCCUCGCGUCCACCGGCAAGAGGAUCUCCGUGGCCGAGGCGGAGCUCAUCGCCGCCGCCGUGCAGGGUGCGGCCGGCAGCGACCAGCUCGCGGCCGCCUCGGUGGUGGCCGCCGCCGCGGCCGAGGCCUCCGCGCCCGGCGGCGCUCCCGAGGCGGCACGGCCGGCGGCUGCGCGCUCCGCACCGGAGCCCGCUCCGGAGGGCGAGGCCGACACCAGCCGCCGCCCAGUGGUGAAGGACGCCCGGCGGCAGCAGCGCGCGGCCGAGCACCGGCCGCGCCCGAAGUCUGGGGCCACCAAGAAGCGGGGCAAGCGGUCGGCCGCCGAGGCUCGGCUGCGCGUGAGAGUGACCCCUCGCCGGAGUGACCUUCGGUGCGGGCCCACAGGGGUCCCGCCAGCACCGGCUGGCGCGCUUGGAUCGCGUGGACUUGGCCUCCCCCGCGGCUGCCUCGAGCCGCGCACCACAGGGCACUCUUGCCCAGGGCCACUCCUGCGUGCCGCCGAGAGGCCACCGAGGCGUACCGGGCCGCCGCCGCGACGGCGGCGGCGCCAGCGGCGCCCAAGCCGGCGGCGCCCCAGGCGGCUGCACUCCAGGAGGCCGCGGCGGCCCCUGCCCGGGGCGCCGCGGACGGCGACGCCGAGAUGACGCCCGUCUCGAGCGCUGGGCAGUCGAUGAAGGUGAAGAAGAAAGCGAAGAGGAAGACGAAGGCGGCCUGAGCGGUAAGCCUAGCGGCGUAGAGUGUAUCACCAUCGUUUUUUUCCCCUCUUCGAGCUUGUCAUCAUGCUGCCCCCUCCUCUGAGACUCCCUUCCCUCUCACCCCUCCGCCCGUCUGUCCGCGCCCUCGCCCCCGCCUCGCCUAUGUGUACUGGGUCUGCCCGCAACAGCUCGGAUUGCAGAGCUGGUCCUUGUUUUGUGUGCGGUAUGCGCCGCCCACCAGCCAGCUUUUCUGGCUCCAAUCUCAACCUGGGCACUGCGACCAUGCUGCUCCACGGACUUGCUGUUGCGGUGGGGGCGGAUCGCGCGGGCCGGCGAGGGCUGAGAUUGCUGCAGAGGGGCGGCGAUAAGAGUGGGUGCGCGGCGCCAGAGAGCAGAAAACAAUUGCCCAGGGUCCCGUGGGAAGUCCC